AUGGGCAUACAGGAAGACACAAUGGACACAUUCGACGACGUCAUCGAUUCAUCAUACGAAUGUAAUCUUGUAUGCAGCCGCGAGAAUCACAAUGUUACGAAUGAAUACCUCGGGUUAAAGUCAGAUGGUGAUCUUAUCAUGUUGCAUGGCGAUAAGCCGAGAAGGAAGAAGAUAUCGUCUAAUCAAGAUCAGCGCAAACUCUUCGAUCAACUUUUGGCAACCACAACGCAGUUAGAGAGCAAGGGCGAGAAUUUGGAAAGCCCGUGGUUACUGUCAAAACUAUUGUCGAAGUUCUCAGAGGGGAUUCAGAGAAGAACCCUCAGAGAAAAGGUUUCUUUACCAAAUGGAGAAACAUGGACAAUGAAAAAGCUUAUGACAGUAUUGGAUAAAGUCAUAAAACAAGAAGAGGAAAUUGAGCAGUGCAUGCCACAGAAGGAAAAUUUCCUGAUGAAAUAG